AUGUGGUCUGAGGGACAAUAUGACUACGAACAACUUCCAAGAGAGCGAUUUCCUCCUCGGACUCACCCCAGUGAUGGCUACCAUAGACUAGUUAAUAUUGUGCCAAAGAGACUACCACUGCUAGAAAAGAGGCCACCACUGCUAGAAAGACCUGAUGAAGGAAGCUACAGUAGAUAUUACAGUCAUGUUGAUUACCGAGACUAUGAUGAGGGCCGCAGUUUUUCUCAUGAUCGAAGAAGUGGUCCAUCUCACAGAGGAGAUGAAUCUGGCUAUAGAUGGACAAGAGAUGAUCAUUCUGCAAGCCGACAGCCUGUGUAUAGGGACAUGAGAGAUGGCUUUAGAAGAAAAGGCUUCUACUCGUCCCAUUAUUCGAGAGAACAGUCUCCCCAUAAAAGGGAUGCUCCUUUUUUCGGAGAAUCACCUGUAGGCCGGAAGGACUCCCCACACAGCAGAUCUGGCUCCAGUGUCAGCAGUCAAAGCUAUUCUCCAGAACGCAAGACCUACUCCUUCCAUCAGUCUCUGCACAGAAGUAAAGAGAGGCCCGUCCAGUCUUUGAAAACAUCAAGAGAUACUUCACCUUCAAGUUCUUCAGCAAUUUCUGCAUCCAAGGCAUUAGACAAACCAAGUAGGCUAACUGAAAAGGAACUUGCUGAGGCUGCAAGCAAGUGGGCUGAAGUCUCUGAGUUUGAGACCGGAGCCACAGCACCUUCAUUUAUUGAUCAGACAGAAGAACCCGAGUCAAACACAGCAGAUGGACCAGAAUUGUUUGAAGACAGUCAGCUGGACAGUCGCUCUAAAGCAAUAGCAUCAAAAACUAAAGAGAUUGAACAGGUUUACCGACAAGACUGUGAAACUUCCGGGAUGGUGGUGAAAAUGCUGAUUGAGAAAGAUCCUUCCUUAGAAAAAUCUAUACAGUUUGCGCUGAGGCAGAACUUGCAUGAAAUAGGUGAGCGGUGUGUUGAAGAACUCGAGCAUUUCAUUGCGGAGUAUGAUAGUUCUACUCAAGAUUUUGGAGAGCCUUUUUAGAAGAAUUAGUGCCCAAGCCAACAAAAUAAAAAUGUUUCUAGAUUUUAUGCCCGUUCAAUUAUGUAAAUCGUUACUAUUUUGUGAUGAAGAGAAGAAAUACUUUAUGAUAGCUGACUACAUUUCCAGUGUCAAAUAGAUGUCUAAAACAGUCUUUAAAAUAUAUUAAUUCACAUUUUUUUCCUACAUAUAGAAUCUUCUGGCCCAUACUCACACACCCUCCAA